AUGCCCGAGGAGACCAUAUACUCGCCGUUUAGCUCCGAAAUACCGCUCGCGUUCAUCUACAAUGAUACCAAACAGGGUACGGCCCUCUAUUGUGGACCCUAUCUGAGGUCCAUUGAAAGUUUUGCGCAGAAAUAUCACUAUCAACUGCAGCUGGAGCAUGUGGAGAAUUUGCCAAAGAAGUCGCUGAUGCUGCAGCAGAUAGCCGAGGGUCAUUACAAUAUGUCCGUGCACGGUGUAAGCAUCCGAUCCAUGUCCGAGGACCCCUUGUCCAAUAUAACGCAGUACAGUUAUCCCAUCGAGGUGAUGAAGUUCUGCGUGAUGGUGCCGCUGGCACCGGAGCUGCCCAAAUGGAUGUACAUGGUCUGGCCGCUGGGUCGCUAUGUCUGGACGUCAAUCUUCUUGUCCAUAUUCUAUGUGGCCCUGCUGCUGCGCUACAUCCAUCGACGGGAGACCGCCACGCGCUCCUAUACGCGGAAUCUGCUGCAUGCCCUGGCCAUACUCAUGUACAGCCCGAACAUGAAUAUGCAGGUGCAGCUUAGUCAGCAUCCAGUGCGUAUGCUGAUCUUCUACAUGCUGCUCUACUUGCAGGGCUUUAUAUUGUCCAAUUACCAUAUCAGUCACAUGACCUCCUUCGACAUGAAGCCGGUUUUCGUGAGGCCCAUUAAUACGUGGUCGGAUUUAAUCGAGUCUCGGGUGCGCAUCAUUAUACCGGAUACGCUGCUGGAGGAGCUGCGCGUUUUACCCGACUAUCAGCAACUGCUGGUCAGACCGCCGCGCAAGUACGCCUAUGUGGUUACACAGGAUGCGUGGGAGUUUUUGGAUCGCCAGCAGCGCGUCUUGAUCCAGCCAUACUUUCACAUGUCCCAGGUCUGCUUUGGUGGGCUCUUCAAUGCGUUUCCGAUACAAAAGAAUGCACAAUUCGCCGACCGCUUGGAUCGCUUCCUUAUGCAUGUGCAGCAGGCGGGCCUGUGGGAUUACUGGGAGGAGAUGGCCUUUAUAUAUGCGGUACGUGCGCGUUUUGCUCAGGUCUUUCUGGACACCUAUCCCGUGGAGCCGCUGAACUUGGAGUUCUUCAUCACCGCCUGGAUUGUUCUCAUCUGUGGCCUGCCCAUAAGCGCUGUCGUUUAUUGCCUGGAACAUUUGUGGAUCCGCUGGAGAACAAUGCGCAUAAACUACAGAAUCUAUCACGAUAAAGAGUUUGAAAUUUAA